AUGAUAAGCCAGAUGAAUGACCUUGUCGCGAAAAAUGCUAAUUUUAGAAGCUUAGGCAAUUAUUUGACUAUCCAAGCCAAGGUAUUUGAAGAUUUGCUAGGAAGUUUUAUUUUUAAUUCGAUUUUCGACGAAAAUCGUCAUUUUGCAAUUAGACAGCUGCUUGCUACAGAAAUUUCAUGCAUCUUUUAUUGCGAAUUAAAUACUGAUAAACUAGAAAUGAUUUUAAACGAUCUAAACUAUGCUGCAAUGGUCAUAUUGGAGGGACCGCCUAAAAGAAUAUCUAAUAAGAUUGUAUAA